AUGACCGAGGCCGUUCCCUUCCACAAAAAACUGCACACGCUCAACAUUGAAGAAUUUGGAGAGCAGUACCUGUCGAUCAUCGCCGCCAUCUCAAAACAUGGCGGCAAGGCAAUUAUCUUUGACGGCGACAAGCCAGUGGCCCAGCUCACCCAGUAUGAAAAUCCACCCCUCAACGGUUACGGUUCGAUGAAGGGCCAGAUCAAAAUCCAUGGCGACAUCGUGUCUCCGCUGCCACCUGAGUGGUACACCUCAUGCACUGGCCACGAUGAGGAUCUGCCCACUUGA